GCACGGUGUUAGUAUGUGUCUGCUGAAGAAAGCUUCCGGGUAGACAUCGCUACUGGAAGUUUUCUGAAAGAAUCCGAGCUUUUUCUUUUUUGAUGUGGAAGUAACUGACCGUUUGGUUGCUUCACCAGCUCAACAUAUCUCGACGAUGGCAGCUCUAUUUGCUUGUACGAAAUGCCAUAGCAGGCAUCCAUUCGAAGAACUUUCUCAGGGAGAACAGUUAUGUAAAGAAUGCCGGAAUAACUUUCCUAUCGUGAAAUGUACAUAUUGUCGAUCAGAAUUUCAACAAGACAGCAAAAGCAGCACAAAUUCCAUCUGCAAGAAGUGUGCACACAAUGUGAAAAUAUAUGGAAAGCCGACUGCCUGUGAAUAUUGCAAUGUCAUUGCAUCUUUUAUUGGGAACAAGUGUCAACGUUGCACAAACUCUGAAAAGAAAUGGGGCCCUCCUCAGUCUUGUGAGCAGUGCAAACAGCGAUGUGCAUUUGACAGAAGUGAUGACAGCAGACGAAAGGUUGAUGGGAAACUGUUAUGUUGGCUUUGCACUCAGGCAUAUAAAAGAGUGCUGGCCAAAACUCGACACAGGCAGGAGGAAGCAAGACAAAGCAUGGCCAGUCGCUGGGGGAACUUUGAAGGAUCUAACAGCAGCAGCAGCAGCAACAACAACAACUCUUCACGCAAAACCGGCAGCAUGUUGGACAAAAACAAGGACAGCGGAAUAAUGUUUAACCAACACAAAGAAACCAGUCAUGAUAAAAACAAAGAAAAGAGUAAAGAGCACAUUGGUUUGUUUGAGAAAAGUGCAAAAGACUUCACGAGUAUCUUUGAGAAGAACAAAGAUUACAACAGUGCAUUUGACAAAGCUAAAGAAAUAGGUCCAAAUAUGGAGAAAAACAAAGAACACAGUAGUGAGAAAGGUAAAGAACAUUGGGGUGUAUUUGACCGAAGCAAAGAGGGCGGCCGAUCCUUUGAUAAAAUGAUGAAGGAAAAAUCUCGCGAACAUACAAAAAAGGGCUUUGACAUGGCAAAAGACAAGUCCAAGGCACACUCCAAAAAAGUCCAUCGGAGUCGAUUUGGGUCUGGUGAUGAACCGAGCAGUAUGUACGAAGGGGGGAGUCCAGAUGGUGCAGAGGGAAGCGUGGGUAGCCACAAGGAAAGUAGCAGUGGCAGUGGCCACAAGGAUCAUCAUCAUCAUAAAGCUCACAAAGAACAUCAUCAUCAUCACAAGUCCCACAAGACCACACCGAAAGAGGAUUUGAAAGAAUUACAUAAUUCUCACAAGAACAAAUCUUUGAACAGCAUACUAAUGGACCACAGUCCCCCUACCAAAAAGUCCAAAAUUGAGAAAAGCACAAGUAAUGGCCUAUCAAGCAGCAAAAGCAGCUUGAGCUUGAGUUUUGCUGAUGCUGCUUUGAUGGACCCCAACAGUUCAGACCACGUCAUUGCAAUUCAAAGACUGCACGAUCAGAUUGAGGCCAAUAAGAAACAACUGCUUUCAAAGGAUUUACAGCUGAAGGAAAAAGAAUUGAAGAUCACAGAGCUGAAAGCGUAUCAAUAUGAACAAGAAAAAAUAUACAGAUUGAAGAUUUCUGGUAUCCAAGAAGACAAUUCUAGAAAGAUAGAUGAACUCAGUAACAAAAACCGCGACCUGAUGAAACAAAUUGCCUGCCUUUCAAAGAAACGACACAACAACACACAAUCGACUUCAACACAUAGUCCAUCUUCAUGAGCAUCGCCUUGCAGGCUCUUCUUAGUCUUACCAGCAUCCUUCUCGUCCCUGCCCCCCUACUGAAAAACUCCCCUAAUCAUCAGAACAUAAGUGACUCAUUGUAGACCUUACUCCAGCUAAGUCACUUGCAUUGAAUGCUCUGGUCCCCUGUUAUUAUUUUGUUACUAUCACCCUUGCCCAAUCUCACCCUGCUCUAUUCUAUUUGAGUCUCCUUUUAAAAGACAACACAUCAUGUUUUCACUGAAAAAAAUGCUCAUCUCUGUUAGACUGUGUACACUGCACAGUUGAAACACAUUAGAGGAAGAGUAAAAAUAAAACAAAUAUAAAUAAAUAAUACAAAAAAAAAGAAAGAAAGAAAAGGAGCAAUGUCUCUAAUUCUAGACAUUAGAGAAAAGUCCAUAGAGAUACUUAAUCACACAGCUUGAAUGAAUGCUGCAUGGUAGGGAGUUGUCUUCCCAACAACUGAAUGAAGAAACAAAUUCUAUUAGCUUGGAGAUAGGGUGGUUAUGUGUGUGUGUGUGUUUCCUUUUUUUAUUUCAAAUUUUUAAACGGAAAUCAACAAGUUUGAUUUAUAAGUUUAAGCUGCCAUCAUCGUUAAUUAAAAAAUUACACAACA